CGCGAAAUCAUGCCUCCGCAACCGUCUGGGAAAGCCGUCAAGAAGGACGGCAAGGCGCAGAAGAACGUGCGCGCCACGUACAAGAAGAAGAAGAAGUGCCGCAGGAAGGAGGGCUUCUCCAUCUACAUGUAUAAGGUGCUGAAGCAGGUGCACCCCGACACUGGUGUCUUUAGCAAGGCCAUGUCCAUCAUGAGCAGCUUCGUGAACGACAUCUUCGAGCGUAUCGCCGCCGAGUCGUCACGCCUUGCUCACUACAACAAGCGCUCGACCAUCAGGAGCCGGGAGAUCCAGACCGCGGUGUCCGAGGGCACAAAAGCCGUCACCAAGUACACCAACUCCAAGUAG